UAGUAAUUUGAGAAAUGACACGCAUUAAUAUACCCUGCACACAGUCCUGUAUGUAGAUGAAUGAAUAAGCUUCCUUCCUUGUGUCAACCAUGGAGCAGCUAAAGACAAUAAGAAGAAAAAUCUCAGUCGAGAAAGAGCAAACUAGUUAUGAUCUUAAUCCAUCGGAGCCUUUGUUUACAGCAAGAUACUUAGGUAAAGCGGUUGUAACAGAAAACUUUAGCCCAACUACUGGUUAUUCUCUGUGUUCUAGCUACACUGAACAGCUCCUUCACAAUAAGAACUCUGGAAGAAGGCCACGAAAAAUUGAAAUUUUGAUUUCAAGGAAUAUUUCUCGUGGACUUUCGCUGUCAGACCCUUCGGGUAAGGUUCAGGAGGACACAUUUCAAUUGCAGAACAUUGCAUUUUGCACUACAAUCAAAAAGCAUCCGAAGGUCUUCACGUUCAUCGCCGAGAAGGAUGGCAAGUUGUUUUGUCACGCUUUCCUUUGCAGCAAAGAAGCAAAAGCCCGAGCGAUUUGCCUUGCCGUUACUAGGGCCUUCACUGUAGCAUACGACGAUUGGAGCAGGAAUAAAUCUCGUUUGGUAAAGAAGAAAGAAAGAAAGACAAAAGAAGCUGAGAUCCAUGAUGUUAUCAGUGCAGAUCAAAACUUAAACAAUACACAGGACCCAGACGCAGAAGAAGAAGAAGAUGAUUUCAGAGAAUUCGCCAAGGAUCGACUCCACACCCAAGAAGACCUUGAAGAGCUGGAAAACAGCUUAGACGUGAUGGAGCUUGUCCGUGGCAACAGGUCUGCCAGCGAAGGAACAGAGAAUAGUGCUAAUGAUGAAAACGAUGGUCAUAAAGAUUAACAUAUUAUUGAGUAUAUUGAUGGUUUUCAACCAUUCCCAAGAGAAUUAAAUAACAAAAGACACGGCGGCCAUGUUGGAGGAUAUAACAAAAGAAUUCAUUGACAAUUCUUUUGUUACGUUCCUCCAACAUGGCCACCGUGAAAACCAUCAAUAUGUAUAAACGAUUUGCUUGAUCUAGUCAAUAGCUGCAAGCGUCACUGUUUUCGCUUGUACAGAACUGGACUAUUUUACGGCAGCAUCUCGCGGAGUGAUGAUGUUACUACGAGAAGUGACUCUUCUGUCUUUUUGUAUUUUCGUUUUCAUUUGAUCAAAAUAUUAAUAUUUUCAACUGAUGUACGUAGGAGAUGACGAGCAUAACAUGAACCAAAAAGAACUUUUAAGAUUAACUGAAAUAUAUGGUACGACGUCAUAUGAGGUAUAGUAGUUCGCAGAUGGGACUUGUAACAUCGUUGUUGUCAUCACAUAGAGCAAUGUUUUACGAAAAAAUGCUGGAUAUCGAAUAGAAGUAGAUAUUGCCCUCUAUAGUAGGGACGGAACGGGGAAGGCGCACUAUUCAUGGACUCCUAGAUAUGAAACAUGAACUUUUAUUGAUUACUUACUGUAAGAUGUAAAUAUAUACAUUACCAAGUACACUUGACAAUACCCCAAGGGUGGCCGCUUAGUAACAGGGGCGGAUCCAGGAAUUUAUUCAGGGAGGGGUGCACUGCACAAAGUUAACCCAGGGAGGGGUGCACCCGUUAGAAUCGAAGGGAAAAAACAUUAUUUUGCAUUGGUUAUCUUCGAAGUAGGGGCACAGAGUUGAACUAUGGAGGGUUGCGCACCCCCUGCAUCCCUCCCUUGGAUCCGCCACUAAGUAAGGGGUGACUGAAGUCAUGCAUGAGCAAGUGGAUGGAUGGUCCUAAGCCUUGUCUUUAGCCUCCAUACUUUUAGCUAAUAUUCACGAAAUUUCAUCUUUAUUAAAAUACUCAACAAUUAUACUGCA